AUUUUUGAAUGUGGAUUUCAUAGUUUUUUAGGUCAAAAUAGAAGUCAAUUUACUAUAAAAUUCUUUAUAUACGCACUUAUAUUUCUACUUUUAGAUUUAGAAAUAUUAUUAAUAUUUCCUUUUGGAGUUAGUAGUUAUACUAAUGAUUUAUAUGGAUUAAUUAUAAUUUUAGGUUUUAUAACAAUUGUUACGAUAGGUUUUGUUUAUGAAUUAGGUAAAAAUGCUUUAAAAAUAGAUAGUAGACAAUCUAUAAUUAAAACUAAUACAAAAAAUAUAAAAAUAUUUACAUUAUAA